AAUCACGAUAUUAAUAAAUCUUGCCUCAGUCUCAGUCUCAGUCUCAGUCUCAUUCCUUCCUCUAUCCCCCAAAACAAAGGCACCCAAGAAAAAUCUCGCCGGGCUUAGCUCAUGGGCGGAGGUUGACUCGAUGUAAAGGGAAAGUGCAGAAGAGUCGAGGUGGCAGUGUAGUUUUCUCAUUCACUCUAUCCAUGGCCGUACCUCAGUUCAACCUCCAGCAUCAAACGCACCGUUAUUGCAAUCAAAGCAAGUUUCUAUCGGUAUUUCGUCCCAACACACCAUCACAUUUAACUGUCAACACCAAUUUUCGAUUUCCAAAUUCAAUCAAGCCACCCAACAUCAGAUAUGAAUGCUUUCACUUUCACAUUCCGAAUUCAGGGUCCGCAAAGGACUUGUCGGCGCCGAAUAUACCAAAAGCUGAGGUUUUAGAGAGAUGGGUUAUUUUUAUGCGGUCAGUGUUGCCUGGUGGAAGUUGGUGGAACCUGAGUGAUUCUAACGAAGUAGGAAGCAAGGCAAGAGAGGCGAAGCCAGUGACUGUUUUACUUGCUCUUCGUCGAAUUUGGGCAUUGGUUGCAGAUGAUCGAUGGGUUAUAUAUGCUGCAUUGGUUUCUCUUACUAUUGUUGCGCUCUCGGAGAUCUCAAUUCCAAAUUUUUUGGCAGCAUCUGUCUUCUCUGCACAGAGGGGGCAGACUGCAGUGUUCUAUAGGAACUCACAGCUCUUGAUUUUGUUGUGUUUUGUCUCAGGCAUAUGCAGUGGUGUGCGAAGUGGCUGCUUUGGAACGGCAAAUAUGAUAUUGCUCAAGCGUCUAAGGGAAACUUUGUUCGCAGCUCUCAUUUUCCAGGAUCUAUCAUUUUUUGAUAAAGAAGCAGUUGGUGAUUUGACUAGCAGGCUUGGAGCAGAUUGUCAAAGAUUGUCUCGUGUUAUUGAAAAUGAUAUACAUAUGAUAUUACGCAGUUCUCUUCGGGGCAUAGGUGCAUUGAUCAAUUUGCUGACUUUAUCUUGGCCUCUUGCAUUUUCAACCUUGGUGAUAUGUUCUGUCCUAUCCUUGACUAGCAGGCUUGGAGCAGAUUGUCAAAGAUUGUCUCAUGUUAUUGAAAAUGAUAUACAUAUGAUAUUACGCAGUUCUCUUCGGGGCAUAGGUGCAUUGAUCAAUUUGCUGACUUUAUCUUGGCCUCUUGCAUUUUCAACCUUGGUGAUAUGUUCUGUCCUAUCCACAAUCUUCCUAUUUUAUGGCCAGUUCCAAAAGAAAGUAGCUAAAUUUACCCAAGAGUACAGUGCUUCUGCAAACGAGGCUGCUCGAGGGACUUUUUCUUUAAUAAGAACUGUUCGAGUUUAUGGAACAGAAGAAGAAGAACUUGGAAGGUACAAGCAAUGGCUGGACAAGUUAGUUUAUAUAGGCAUUCGAGAAAGUGUUGCUUAUGGAUCCUGGUAUCUGAGUUUCAACACUCUGUAUCGUUCAACACAGGUUUUUGCUGUCCUGUUAGGAGGAAUGUCGGUUCUGACUGGUCAUGUAUCAGCUGAGCAACUUAUGAAGUAUGUAUUAUACUGUGAGUGGUUGAUUUAUGCAGCCUGGAGGUUGGAAGACAAUUUAUCAUCAUUGCUUCAGGCUAUUGGAGCAAGUGAAAAGGUUUUCCAGCUAAUGGUUCUCAUGCCCAGUGACCAAUUCUUAUCAAAAGGAAUGAAGUUGCAGAGGCUUGUGGGGAAAAUUGAAUUUGUAAAUGUAUCCUUUUACUAUCCUUCAUGGUCAAUGGUACCUGUUCUAGAGCAUGCAAACAUUUCUGUACAGACUAAUGAAAUGGUGGCAAUAGUCGGUCUCAGUGGUAGUGGGAAAAGCACAUUAGUGAAUCUUUUGCUUCGUCUCUAUGAGCCAACCAGCGGAGAGGAACCCCAUCUUUUUCACAUGGAUGUGAAAUCAAACAUUAGUUAUGGUUGCUCAAGAGACAUCAAGCAGCAAGAUGUAGAAUGGGCUGCGAAACAAGCCAAUGCUCAUGAAUUUAUCUCAUCUCUUCCCAAUGGUUAUGAGACCAUCGUUGACGAUGGUUUGCUCAGUGGGGGUCAAAAGCAGCGGAUUGCCAUUGCUAGGGCCAUUGUUAGGGACCCUGCUAUUCUAAUCCUUGAUGAAGCCACCAGUGCUCUGGAUGCAGAAAAUGAAUAUUACAUUGCUAGGCUUCUUCAUGCUUUCAGAAAUGAUUGUAGAGUAAAAAGAACAGUCAUUGUAAUAGCACAUGGGCUAUCUACUAUAAAAGCCGCUGACAAAAUCAUGGUAAUGGAUGGUGGUCGAGUUGUUGAGUUGGGCAAUCAUGUGGACCUUCUUUGUAAGGGCGGACUGUAUGCACGGUUUGUAAGAACAAAAACAGAUGAUCUAGCUUGAUCAAGGACGAGUAGGAUGAUGUUAUCUCGUAUUUACUUCAGAGGGUAAAUGAGAAACGCAUUUUGGUUCUACGGGAUAGGACACUUGUAAAGAAUGGGACCUAUGUAUUCUAAAUUCUAAUACAUCUCAGCUGCAUGCUGUGGGAUUUUUAUUAUUAUUAUUUUUAUUUUUUGUUUUGAAAAUUUGGUGGAUGCUAAUCUUGACCGACUUUUAUUGAUUUAUAGAGAUGUACGUUUAUCAUGUACUAAUGGGAAGUGUUAAGCUCCGUUUGGUAA